GUCCGGGCACUUUUUCCUUGCAGAACUUGAAACCGAGUCCUGAGCCUUUUUCCCCGCGGCGUCCUCAUUUUUGCACUUCGUUCGCGGGUUCCGCAUCGAUGUAACAUGACGCGAUUAUGCUAUCGUGAACGUUGACCUCGGCGCGUGUUACGAGCGUACAGUGGAUGUCCCAGAACCGCCGAUGGCCUUCUAACCGCAGCCUCGAUAUACCUAGUGUACAAUCGUGUGCCCAGCGGGCGACGUGCUGUUCGAAGAACAAAAGAAGAAAAUUCGACGUCCCCGUUUCGCCGACGAAUCGAUACGAGUUACCAGCUCGGCGAACAGCUUAUUGCUUCAGCGUGGCAUUUGACUUUCGAACUAUGCCAUCGGCAUUCGCAGGAGUGUUCGUGGCGAAGCUCGACACGAAUUCAACACGACGCUGCGCAAGUACGCUGAAGAGAAAACAAACAGACGUCGUCGCGCACGAAGUCACAGCCUGAUUCGUCCCGAAUUUUCUUCGAUGGACGUUCGUCCCUGCACCUCUUCCGAUCGAUUGAUCGAUCUUCGCAAUCGCGGCAGACCAUGACUUCGUUCGCGCGAUCGCCGGGACUAUCCUCGAUCGAAACGUCUCUUUAUUAAUCAAUCCGUAUACGAAUACACACACAUUCGUGUAUCACUUGGCUAUUUCGUUAUCCUUCUCUCUUUCUCUCUCUCUCUCUUUUUUUCUAUCUGUCUGUCUUCAAUCACAUUACUGUUCCGUUCUGCUCGUACGCAGUCGGCUGAAAACAACAAGGAUGUAGAAGGACAGAGGCUACGUCUAGUGCAAUUCGCGGGCCGGUCCUCGCGGAAAUGGAGUCUCUCCUCGGCGAGCAAGGAGACGAGCGCGUCCUACGAUAUUCUCGACCGUCUCCGAUCGUUCUCUCGUAAACGAUUGCGCCGUCCGCGAAAAGUCGCCGGCGGGACUCGCUUUCCCGCGCCGAAAGAGUCCAGCAGAAUCGAACGAUCUGCGAUCCUCAAAUCGUUACGCGUUCAUUAAGCGAGACUUACCGACCGCCGCCGCGAAAUGCCGUUCCAUUAAACGCCUAAUUGAACACCGUGAUCGCGAUGAAACGCGUUACGAGCUUUUCAGUGAAAAAUUGCGCGCGGCUCGCGAAGCGUGAAAGAACCGAAGCGGGCGUUGUGUCGGCAGAACAAAUUCAAAUUGUAUCCUAAAUAAUAUCAAACGCUACGAUUACACGAAGGAUCAUAAUAAGAGCAAACAUUCAACGGAACGAUGAGCAAACCGAGGUACACACGUAACGCAUCCAUAAUAGAUUUGUGUAACGGAAUUAUAUAUAUAUAUAUAUAUAUAUAUAUAUAUAUAUAUAUAUAUA